CAGAUGUUAUGGGCAUCGACGAGUUACCGUCUCGGAAACUCUCAAUCACGCAAGCGAAAGGAGAGGAGGCGGCUAAUUAAAUAUUGAGCAGAAAGUCGCGUGGGGAGAAUGUCACGUGGGUUUGGAGGCUCGAGGAGGCUGGGAUAAAUACCGCAAGGCACUCAGCAGGCGAAAGAGCGCGCUCGGACCUCCUCCUUCCCGCAGCCACCGAGAGUGCGGAGCGACCAGCGUGCACUCGGAGGAACCAGAGGAACCCAGCACCCCGCGGGACUGUCAGUCGCAAAAUUCAACAUGAAAAUCCUCGUGGCCUUGGCAGUCUUUUUUCUCGUCUCCACUCAGCUGUUUGCAGAAGAAAUAGGAGCCAAUGACGAUCUGAAUUACUGGUCCGACUGGUCCGACAGCGACCAGAUCAAGGAGGAACUGCCUGAGCCCUUUGAGCAUCUUCUGCAGAGAAUCGCCCGGAGACCCAAGCCUCAGCAGUUCUUUGGAUUAAUGGGCAAACGGGAUGCUGAUUCCUCAAUUGAAAAACAAGUGGCCCUGUUAAAGGCUCUUUAUGGACAUGGCCAGAUCUCUCACAAAAGGCAUAAAACAGAUUCCUUUGUUGGACUAAUGGGCAAAAGAGCUUUAAAUUCUGUGGCUUAUGAAAGGAGUGCAAUGCAGAAUUAUGAAAGAAGACGUUAAUAAACUACCUGACGUUAUUUAUUCAGCUUCAUUUGUGUCAAUGGGCAAGGAAAGGUAAAAUAAGACAUGCACUAUGAGGAAUAAUUAUUUAUUUAAUAACAGUUGUUUGGGGUUGACAUUUCAAAAAGUGUUUAUUUUUCAUAUUGUGCUAAUAUGUGUUGUAAACAUGUUUUAAUUCCAAUAUGACUCCCUUAAAAUAAAAAUAAGUGGUUAUUUCUCAACAAAGCACAGUGUUCAAUGAAAUUGUAAAACCUGUCAAUGAUACAGUCCCUAAAGAAAAAAAUCAUUGCUUUGAAGCAGUCGUGUCAGCUACUGCGGAAACGGCGGGAAACUCCUGACAGUCUUGUGCUUUUCCUAUUUGUUUCCAUGGUGAAAAUGUACUGAGAUUUUGGUAUUACACUAUAUUUGUAUCUCUGAAGCAUGUUUCAUGUUUUGUGACUAUAUAGAGAUGUUUUUAAAAGUUUUAAUGUGAUUCUAAAGUCUUCAUUUCAUUGUACGAUGUGUUGUGAUAGUUAACAUUUUAAAUAAAAGAAAAAAUAUCUUGAA